AUGGCAGCACCCAAAACCCCGCCCCUCUUCUUCACCCUCUCCCUCCUCUCCCUCCUCUCUCUAACCUUCUUCUACCUCCACCACACCACCACCACCUCCCCGUCGAAUACCAGAAAUGCCCCCGACACCGCCGCAAAUUCCAUCAAGGUCCACAUCUCGCCCAUCCCCAGAUCCCUCAACCACGGCCUCCUCGAAAAAUACUGGGCCCUAACCUCCGACAACAGGAUCGGAAGCGAGGCGGACAACGAGAUCAGAAAGACCCUUUUGCCCAUACUUCCUCGGGAAUCCCUUCCGUACCCCGAGAACCCCAUAAUCAAACAGUACAGCGCCGAGUACUGGAUCUUGGGGGACCUGUUGGCACCUGAGGAGCUGAAAAGAGACUCUUUUGCCCGAAGGGUUUUUGAUCCUGAGGAAGCUGAUGUGAUUUUCGUGCCGUUUUUCGCGACUCUGAGUGCUGAGCUGCAGCUGGUCGUGGAUAAAAGCGUGUUUAGGAAGAAGGUCGAGGGGAAUGAGGAUUAUGUGAGGCAGAGAACGGUAGUUGAUCUUGUUAAGAAGACGGCGGCUUGGAAGAAGUCCGGUGGCCGAGAUCAUGUUUUUGUUCUCACAGACCCUGUUGCGAUGUGGCAUGUAAAGGACGAGAUUGCCCCCGCAAUUCUCCUUGUGGUCGAUUUUGGCGGCUGGUACAGGCUCGACUCUAAAACAUCCAACGACAGCUCGUAUGACCUGACGAUACAUCACACUCAAGUUUCUCUGUUGAAAGAUGUCAUAGUCCCAUACACUCAUUUACUCCCGAGACUAGACAUAUCAAAAAACCCGAAACGAGAUACCCUUUUGUACUUCAAAGGAGCCAAGCAUAGGCACCGGGGUGGACUAGUUCGAGAAAAAUUAUGGGACUUGCUAAUUAACGAGCCUGGAGUUGUUAUAGAAGAAGGCUUUCCAAAUGCCACUGGUAAAGAACAGUCGAUAAAGGGAAUGAGAACAUCCGAGUUCUGUUUACAUCCAGCUGGCGAUACACCCACUUCGUGUAGACUUUUUGACGCAAUCCAAAGUCUGUGCAUACCAAUCAUCAUUAGCGACAAUAUCGAGCUUCCCUUUGAAGGAAUAUUGGAUUAUUCGGAAUUUUCCGUUUUCGUGUCGGUUAGUAAUGCUUUGAGGCCCAGUUGGCUCGUGGGCCAUCUCAGAAGCUAUUCGAGCCAGCAGAAGGAUAACUUUCGGGAAAAUAUGGCUAAGGUUCAGCCGGUUUUUGACUAUGAUAAUGGUCACCCGGGAGGUAUUGGACCCACUAGUCCGGGUGGGGCAGUAAAUCAUAUUUGGAAGAAGGUUCAUCAAAAGCUGCCGACAAUUAAGGAAGCUAUCACUCGAGAGAGAAGAAAACCAAUGGGGGUUUCUGUUCGAGCUCGAUGUCUCUGUAUUUGA